AUGAAGUUCUUCAUCAUUGCUGCGGCCUUGAACCUCCCCUGUGCACUGGCUCUCCCAUCUGACCCGAGCGAUGGCCACAGCUUGCUUGCUAGAGACAAGCCCAAGUUGAACCAGUACCGCACCAUGGACGACUGCUCUGGUAACUGCUAUGAUCUCGAUAAGCAGACUGAUGCCUUCUUUGACAACACCGCCGGUUUCAUUUUUUCCGAAGCAAGCAAGGAUAUCGGAUGUAACGGUGUAGGCAAGAUUGGACUCCGUGGUGGAGCAUGCAUGGAGAAGGGAGACUUCAAAUCCGUUGUCUUCCGCUGA